AUGCGAGGGAGCUUCGCGGCCCUCGAGCGCCUCCACCUCGCGCGCGCCGAACCGCCCGCGGACGCGGCGGGGGAUUUCGAGAAUCUCCGCCGUCAGGUCGAGCGCGCGCAGCGGUGGUAUCGCGAGGAGUUCGGGAUUAUCGUGGUAUCCUCGGAGGCGGAUCCGCAGCCCUUUUCUUACCUUCAUUAUACCUCCCCCAACGACGAGUUCGACACUUCGAAUGCGAACCCGGACGAUGAAACGCAUCGAUUGCUAAGCAACGAUCGGUAUUUGAACGAAAAUGGCUACCACAAAGACGCCUGUCCUGGAAAAUUGCGUGAAAUUCCUACGCUCGCGGAAAUGCCCAAUACACGGGAAAACUGGAUUCGCUAUGCACGCGAAGAUGAAGAAUUCCGACACUUUUCUGAAUCCGUUCAGGAAAAUGACGCCUUAAUGGAUGCCGCCCUCGAUCGCAUCGAAUCGAGUCUUUUACGUUUGCGCGAUAGCACGGAGGGGAUUUCUCUUGAGUUAAAUACCCAAAACGAACUGCUUGACGAUACCGAAAUGAAGCUCAAUCAAAACGAAAACGAAUUACGCAGCAUUAAUCGUCGUCUACAACGAAGCCUCGCAGAGCUGGAAUCCUCGACGGUGUGUUCAUAUGUUUUCUGUCUGCUAUCAUUGCUUUUUGUUUUAAGCCUCUUGAUACGAGUUGUGAGUCAAUGA